CAUGCAUGUUCGCGUUCGCGUUAACUGGUCGCUGCGACGAGGCGUUCGAGUAUGUAAGGACGAGGGACCAGGUUGGAUUGCACUACCCGUUGCAAUUUCUUUAGAAAGGGACUUUUGAUACCUGUAAAUGGUGAAUGCAGUUCAUCGUCAGCCUUGUCCUUUUCAUAGCCGCCUUGUGGAUUCCACGCUCGGCCCUUGGCUUGGGCACACGAACGUUUCGAGUCUCGAUGGAGAACAUGUGGCAAUGGAGGAAGGAGAAGCUGAGGAUUCUUCACCAUCUUCUGUGAUGAUCCGUGACACGCUUUUUGAACCGCCAGCUCACGCAUUGCAUUCGACCCGAGUUUCUGAUGUUUGGCGCCCUUCUACUUCUCACACAUAUGAUAAUGGCCGUCCUAGAACAAGUACUGCCUGGGCCUCUCUUUUCGGCGGGGAAAUUGGAAUGGAUGAUGUUGAAAAUGACGGAGAUAAUGAUGUGCAGGUCAAUAGCGGCUUACAGCAUGACCUACAGCUUACCGACGAAAUCACGGUGUACUUGGGCGGCCAACUCGACGACGAUACUAGCGAAGAGGAAGAUUUGAGAGACACCAGUGAACGCAUCCAACAAGACUUGUCCAUAAUCCGAUGGGAAAUCGACAACCUUCAGACUUGGUAUGAAGAGUACUUUCAAAGAGUGGCAGCAACUGUAUUAAGCGUGCUUGUCGACGAGGAUGCAGUAGGAUUGAAUGAGACUGAGGAAGAGUUGCAUCAGGAUUCACUUGGCAACCCUGAAGACAGCACCGCGCGCUACGUUCGCCGUCGAGGCGAAUUAGCCCACAUCCUGAUGGCCAAUUUAUUCCACGAGCGGACAGACGAGCAGUCGUCGGACGAAGAAGGCGAGCUGGCCGGCAUGGAAGAUGUGGCCUCAUCUGUUUCGGAUUUACGUUGGGAUACCACUGAUGAUCAUCAACCUACAUCCCCAUUACGCUCUGUAGCGCGGCCAAUUUUGGAUGUGGAGUGGGAUUCUUUGGCCAAUAUACCCUUUCGAUCGUUCAGAGCGCCACAAACCUUUCCGCUCACCAGCGUUGAUAAUACUGUUUUUCAGAGUACCGCAGGAGCACGACACAUGGUAUUGAACGCCGAUGCUAACUAUGUUGAAUCCAUCAUCGAAUGUGAGGAUGAGGCUCUGGAUUGCGAUCUAGAAUUGGGUUUGGGGCAUCCAGAGCCUAAAGAAGACCUUGUGAUGGGAGAAGGUGUGGAUGCAAAUGGGAACAAAACGGGUAUAGCAAGCGAGGUCAGGCAUGCUUGCGGUCAACAGUUGAUAGUGACCCAUUUGGUGAAACCAGACUGGAUAGAUAUGUCGGGAGCCUAUGUAGGAAGAUAGCUAGAUUAGGUUUUUAGCGUUGCGCAAACUUUAAAAAAAAAAAAAAGAUACAAAGCAA